AUGCUUUCUCGAGAGGCAAGAAAAGAAGCCAGGAAAAGAGGCUCUGCCAAGAGGAAAAUUGACCUCGACGGCCUCGUGCUGCGGCCGAAAGCAGUGCCGUCUCAGCCAAGGGCGUCGCCCAAGAGUCCUAGGGUUACGCGGAGUCCUGUAGCGAACAGAACCCCAAGAACACCUAAAGUUGCGAAAAGCCCAAAGGCAGAUUUCUCCCCAGAAACGCCAGAAAUAAGCUCGUUCAUGUCCCCUGAAAGACCGACACCGCAGCAAACGCCAAGGACGCCGAAACGAACUCCAUUGAGAACGCCCAGACAGACAGCCACCGCUACUCCGAAAUCAGUGAGACGAUCGACGAAGCCUGCGACGCCCAAGGUUCCCGCCAAACGUACUCCAAAACAGACACCGCACAGUGCCACGGGAGACAUGAGGUCCGCCCCAGUCUAUACCCCUAAAAGAGGACCUGGACGGCCGAAAAGAGCUCCCGAGCCUCAAACGCCAGUCAUUCCCAAUUCGCCCGAGUUUUCUGACGAGUCGCGCGACUCCUCAAGCGAUACCGAUUCAUCUGCGGCUCCAGGAACUCCUCCGGCGCCCGCAUACUACGAUUAUGUUGACCAAGAGGUGGUUGCUGCGACGCGGAAGCGGGUGACACAACAGCACAGAGAGAAGGUGAUGGAACGCCGCUCGCAAACAAUAGAUUCCCAGAGGUCUGUCCAGGACAAGAGACGACGCUCAGCAGGCUACUUGGAGAUUAAGUACGGCCGAGUUCCGCAUAAUAAGACCAAACUAAUAACGUUGGACGUCAUUAAACAGGCGCUGGUCGAUCGUCUGGAAAACAGCGAUAUUCCGGAGGAGGCUGUUGGCGUGCAGCGCAAGAAAACAGCGCAAUUUCUGCGCAACUAUAAAGAUCUUAUCGACAGACAUUUUUCUCGUCUUAUCGAUACGUAUCUCACGAACAAUCUAAUCCUGACCGAACUUUCGGAGCUGAACAAGCUCAAGAACGAGAAACGGAGCCGAAUAUACGAAAUUAGACAGCAGCGACGCGAGAUCAGCAUGGAACUGAAUAGCUUGCGGCAGAAGUAUCUGCAAAAAAGCGAGAACCACCGCAAUAAGAUGAGAGUGUACAAGCAGCUGCGCAGCGUGAAGACGAACGAGGGUAAACGGCCUCCUGCAAUCUCCAGGCUUCUGCGGCUGCGCCGGGUCAUCGACCCUCACUUCGGCGUGGUGGACAAGCUACAGGUAUUGAACGAAUUAUUACGGGAAGUAUAA